GAGAGGAGCAUUUUGCUGAGAAAAUGGGCGAAUUUGGUCAGUGAGAACAUUAAUGAGUUAGCUAAGCUUCUCACCUCAGAGAUGGGAAAACCUCUUGCUGAGGCCAAAGGGGAGAUAACUUAUGGAGGUGGAUUUUUGGAAUUAUUUGCUGAGGAGUGUAAGCGUGUGGAAGGGGACAUAAUUCAGACUCCCAUCAAAUCACGGCGACUUCUCGUCCUGAAGCAGCCAAUCGGAGUUUCCGGAAUGAUCACACCAUGGAAUUUCCCCAAUGCCAUGAUCACUAGAAAGGCAGGUGCAGCCAUAGCAGCAGGUUGUACCGUGGUACUUAAACCUGCAGAGGAUACACCGUACUCAGCACUGGCUCUCUGUGAUUUGGCCAAGGAGGCUGGAAUUCCAGCAGGUGUGCUCAAUGUUGUUACCAGUUCCCGUAACAAUGCUGCUCAGGUUGGAAAAACCAUAUGUGAGAGCCCUCUAGUGACCAAAAUGUCAUUUACUGGAUCAACUUUCGUGGGCAAGCUACUACUCCAGCAGUGUGCCUCCACAGUAAAGAAGGUCUCCCUAGAGUUGGGGGGUAAUGCACCAUUUAUCGUGUUUGAGAGUGCAGAUUUGGACGCAGCAGUUCAAGGAGCCAUGGGAGCAAAAUUCAGGUGUUCUGGACAGACUUGUGUCUGUGCUAACAGAAUUUUCGUCCAUGAGAGUAUUUAUGAUGAAUUUGUUAAGAAGAUGGCAGCCGUAGUAGAGAAGGACUUAAAGGUGGGAGAUGGGAUCGAUCCUGCUACAACCCAGGGUCCUCUUAUCAACAAGAAGGCUAUCGAAAAGAUUGAGGGCCAUGUUCAGGAUGCUGUCAGUAAAGGGGCAAAGGUCGUAUGUGGCGGGAAAAGCAAGGGAGGUAACUUUUUCGAGCCAACCAUUCUAACAGGAGUCACCAAUGAUAUGAGAUGUGCUAAAGAGGAAAUAUUUGGACCCAUCGCUGGCAUCAUCAGGUUUAAAACUGAAGAGGAAGUAGUUGGUCUAGCAAACGCUACAACAUCUGGGCUAGCAGGUUACUUCUACUCCCGUGACCUUAGCCAGAUAUGGAGGGUUGCCGAGCGUCUGGAGUCGGGCCUUGUGGGGGUCAAUGAGGGGGUCAUUUCUGUCCCUGAUGCACCGUUUGGGGGGUGGAAGGAGUCAGGCCUAGGAAGAGAGGGGGGACGUUAUGGUAUUGAGGAGUAUCUAGAGAUAAAAUAUGUUUGUAUGGGGGGUCUACAGUAAAUAUCUAGCAGGAAAAAGUUAUAUUAGUCUGGGCUGUAAAAAAUAUACAUUUGAGAGGAGAAGUUAUUCUUAUUUUGCAACAGAAAUGUGAUUGUUAAUGAUCUGUCAUCAUAUUUUUAAUGAUUUUAUUUUUAUUUCUUCCAAUGGAAUAAAAUGUAUUUGUUACCUAUUUGACUGUGUCAAAAACUUUUUUCUUUCCCAUCUUUAAAAAAAAAAUAUUAUAUUAAAAAUAAAUUGCAAUAAUGAUGUAUUUUUAUUUUCCUGCUUUGGAAAAAGUGGGGUCUACUGGUACUUAUAGCCGCAGUCUGUAAAGUGAUAUAGCCACGGAAAAUACUUUGUCAUUACUUUAUUAUAUUGUUCUUUGAGAUGCAUUGUAUCUGCUUUUUAUUAUCACUUUGAGAAUUAUCCGAAAAUAUAGAAAUACAAUGUUUAAA